AGUUCAGUGGGACUCGGGGUUGGUGGCGGUAUGUUGCAUCUCAAUGGGGCACUCGCGGCUUUGUUUCUGCUCUUAACCCAGUGGGCCAGUGCCCAGCAUUGCUCUUCCCCGUGUAAGUGCUCGGCGGAUCCACCAAAGUGCACGCCCGGAGUGCGGCUGGUGCGGGAUAAGUGCGGCUGCUGUCGAGUCUGCGCCAAGCAGGCGGGCGAGGUCUGCUCGGAGACUGACGUCUGUGACCCGCACCAGGGGCUGCAGUGCGAGCACAGCGCUGACAGCCGCCACGGCCUGGGCGUCUGCAUCGCACAUGAAGGUAAUAUCUGCAUGUAUGAUGGUGUUGUCUAUCGGAAUGGAGAGACAUUCCAACCAAGCUGCAAGUAUCAAUGUUCCUGUAAAGAUGGUCUAAUUGGUUGUGUACCCCGCUGUAAUUUGGAUAUCCUCCUGCCUGGCCCUGAUUGUCCAUUUCCCAAACAAGUACAGAUGCCAGGAGAAUGCUGUGAACAAUGGGUAUGUGACGACAAGCAGGAAGCCCCUCUUGAAGGAAUUGCAAUGGCAGCUUACAGACAGGAGGUGACCUAUGAAUUGGAUUUAAAUAGCCCUGGUCUGAAUUGCAUACAGCAGACCACACAGUGGAGUGCCUGCUCCAAAACCUGUGGCAUGGGCAUUUCCACUCGUGUGACGAAUAAAAACCACCGCUGUGAUAUGGUAAAGGAGAUGCGACUUUGUGAGGUUCGGCCAUGUGGUGAUUACAAAAUCACUGCUAAAAAAGGAAAGAAGUGCAUCCGAACAUCAAGAGCAACUAAACCAACUCACUUUACGUAUAAUGACUGCUUAAGCAUCCAGUCCUACAAACCUAAAUAUUGUGGAGUCUGCAGUGACGGAAGAUGCUGCACACCCCACAGCACCAAAACAUCUCUGGUGCACUUCAGAUGUGCAGGAGGAAUAACUAUUAAAAAGCAGGUGAUGAUCAUUAACACCUGUGUCUGCCAUGAUAACUGCACCCAAGGUGACACUGUUCACCAAAUGGAGCAAGUAUCCAGUCCUUGAGUCAUAGUUUUAAAGCUGGUUAUUGCAGCAUUUUGUAUUUGUAUUUCUAGGUAAUCUUCAAAACACGGUUAAUUAGAUUUGGUUUGUAAAAAAUACAUUGUAUAUUUGUAUUGAACAUUGUAUUUAAAGAACGUUCUUUCCUGUUGCUCAGAUUGUAAAUAGUAAACUGGUCUAUCAGUAAGAUGAGAAUUAUGUAUGUACAAUUCCUGUUAAAUGCAAUUAAAAUAUAUUUUUAUAUAAACAUUACACAUGCCUUCAUUUCCCAUGUUAGUAGACAUCUGGAAUUUUGCUAGGCAGUUUAAGUUGAGAUGAAACAACAUGUUUUACUUAUCUUGACGUGAUUCCUUUUGUGAUGAUACAGUGGGCUGCUCUCAGGUGCCUGGUGAGAUUAGUACUUCUGGCAAAAUAAAUAACAACCUUAACCUUGCAGUAUGGAAUAGGCGAAAAGGAGGAUCAGUGAACGGUCACAAUUUCCUAUCUGCAUUUCUCUGAGAGUGGUAUUUCUGUAAUUUUGGGGCCAUGAUGUGGAAAUUGUUACUGGCGUUUCAAGAUCUAGAUAUGUUAAGUGAGACAAAAUCUUCAAUGGCUUAGAUACUUGUUAUUUACUGAUGAAUUAAAAGUUUGGUAUCAGCACAAAUUAUGUUGCAGACACAAUUACUGUACAUCUGUACUUUGUGCAGUAACAUUAAAAUAUGUACUGACUUCCAAGGAAUUGCAUAUACAAAGAGAAAAAGUGUACAGAUAGCUGCUAAUUUAAUGGCAGUGCCCAAAGACACAUGUCUUCUCCAAUAAUUGUAUAAUACAGUGGAAAGCAUGAGAAUGUUGACAAAUUUGCCCUGUUUCUGUGUCAGGAAGUUUCAAGUCCCCAGUGCAAACAGUCUGAAACUCAGUUUCCUGCUCCACACUCCUGAGCGACCCAAGGAGUCUUGCCACACAGUUGGAUCUUGCUGAAAUUCCCCAAAAUUUAUGUUGCACUGUUAAAUGUGGGAUCUGCAACCUUAUUUAUUUCAAUGAGGAUUUUAGGGCUGUGGAGAAGACAGGUAGGAGAAGGAAUUUUUUUUUAAACUAAGCAUUUCUAAGCAUACUUCAUUUAAUUUUUAAAGGUUUAUGUAUGUUUCUGAAUGUUAGAUUUUGCCAACUUUGUAGGCAGGGCUUGUUCUGGCCCAUGCAAGUUCACCUUCAUAUCAUUCAAGGAUCUGUCUCAGUGACAUAAGGCUUGUCACUCAAUUUCAGGACCACCUGGCCAAGCAAGAUCAGCCUCCUGGAUUCAGCUGAGUUAAAUGGUGACCAGGGGCAGUGAGUGCAUUAGAAUCCAGAUCAAUGUAAUUUAAAUAAUCUACACCUACAUGGGGAAUUUUCCCAUUAUAUACAUACAAACUAAAUCAGGAAUAGACCCAAGGUUGUGUCCCCACCUCAUUAUUUCUUUCUCUGAUAAUUGGAUCAUUGCGUGCUGAUAGAGGGAUAUAAGUCUUGUUAUGUUUUCAUUUUGACCAAUGGAAUUGUGUGUUCAUUCCUGCUAAUUUUACAGACUGCGAAAAUAAAGCAAAGCUUUCCCAUAAUGUCCUCCCAAUAAACUAACUAACUUAAUU